GCGGCCUCAAUUCAACAAAAAAAGUAGCACCCAGAGAAACUGGAAACACAUCCUAGCGUGAAUUAGAGUUCAACCCACAAGAUGCUUCGAUUAAACCUUGCUCUGGCACCAGGCUCCGACAGCAUCGAUAGAGAGAGAGAGAGAGAGAGAUCAUUUUGACCUUCCCUCGGAAGCAACGAGUGAGAAGGAGAGAGCGUGUCACACGUAGACACCUUCCUCCGGCAAUAGCAAGCGAGUGGCUGGUAGAUGGCGCUGAACACUCGCUCGUCUCCUGCACCCGUUCUGUCUUUAACAGAUGUCUGGAGUUUCAUUUGGCCCCCUGCACGGUCCUCAAGCUGCCUCUCGUUGGUUCCCAGCACAGCUUCUAGUGUCUGGUCCCUUCUGAAUCUGAGACGAUGCCAGCCUUACUGGAACGGCCCAAGAUGUCAAGCGCGAUGGCGCGGGCACUGCACCAGCACAUCAUGAAGGAGAGGGCGCGGAAACGGCAAGCAGGAGCCAUUUUGCAGAGCCAAGUCUUAAUUACUGAUCCGGCUCCUGUGGCCGUUACAGAGGAGGAGGAGGUAGACAAGAUGAUGGAACAGAAGAUGAGGGAGGAGCAGGAGCGGAAGAGGAAGAAAGAGAUGGAGGAGAGGAUGUCGCUGGAAGAGACGAAAGAACAAAUCUCCAAGAUGGAACUGAAGCUGCAGAGUCUGCAGGAGGAGAAGCACCAGCUCUUCCUGCAGCUGAAGAAGGUCCUGCACGAGGAGGAAAAACGACGGGCCAAGAUGAAGGAACAGAGUGACUUGAGCACCCUGACACAGGCAGCAUACCCACAGGCCCUGGCGAUCCAUUCUGGCCCACAUCUGAUCAACGUACAAGAAGGCCAUGGGAGACCGGUCGGACUGCUGGGAGAUCGUCCAAAGUCACAGAUGUUCACAUCUGGGGCCAUCGCGCAGAAUCGUGCAUUCACGGCGCAGGCUGGGUUCACGACGGCACAGGGUGACCAUCCUCAGUAUCAGAGUGGCCAAGCAGGACACAGCAGUUACCCUGUUAACCAGACACAGCACGGACCGCCUUAUGGACCAGGACAGGCUGUGACUUACACCAGCAGCCAACAGCUUCGAGGGCCCUCUGCUUUCCAAGCCAUGUCAGCCUAUCUCCCACAUCAGCAGGCUGCCUACGCAGUCCAUGGGCACUUCACCCCCCAGCAAGGCUUCAUCUCUCCGAGUACAUCUAUUCCACUGCAGAAGCAGUUGGAGCAUGCGAACCAGCAGUCCGGAUUCACGGAUUCAUCUGGAUUAGCCUACGUGCACACGCAGAGACCCGCUUCACCCGGAGGAUUCCCACACGGGACCCCACCCCAGCAAGCCCUCCCGACUGGAUUCCAAGCGACCGGUCAGGGAGCUCCCCGGCAUGCCUACCUUCAACAUAGCCAGGGUCAGCGCUAUUAUCACCAGUAAUUGUCUCCGCACCCUCCCUCCACCCUCAGUCCUGCUGUUUGCAGAGCAGUCAAUCGUCAUUGGGAGUUGAGAAUCUCUACGAUCGGAAAGUUAGCCACACCUGCCUUCACAGACAAAGAUUAAUACCCCUAAAUUGCACCAGCUUAAAGUGUGGGAUUGUGGCAGUGAGCAGUGCCAGGCAGCUGGCUAAAUACUUGUCAGAAGGUGGUGAGAGUGUGAAACGAGUGGAGAGUGCAAGUGGUGGAUUUAGGUUUAAUUUCAACAUUUCAUAGAAAUUUAGAUAGGGACAUGGAUGGGAGAGGCGUGGUCUGGGUUCAGGUCAGUGGGACGAGGCAGAAUAAUCUAGAUGGGCUGAAAGACUGUUUCUGUGCUACAGUGUUCUAUGAUUCAAGUUGACUGUCACCCAGCCAAGGAACGUAGGUCUCUCUCUGCUAGAAUGGCCAUGGCUUUUGACACCCUGUACAAUAUAAAGAAACUCAGCGUUGCUUCAUACUUUACCUGCUCUGGGUCCCUGUGAGGCAGGAAAGUAACCAUCUACAGUUCAGUUGGACCCCUGCAGUAUUUUGAGUUACCUGUAAUUCCCUUGGCCCUGUCAACAUGAUUUCAUUAUCUAUCUAUCUCUCUCUCCCCCUCUCCCUCUCUACCCCUCCCUCUCCCUUUCUCCCCCCCUUCUCCCUCUCCCCCUCUUCCUCUCCCCUCCACCAUUCCAGACAGAAAGAACUUUUCGAUAGGAACUUGGCAAUUGUUUAAAUUUAGAGAUACGACAGGAUAACACGUCCAACAAGCCCGUGCUGCCACGAUUGCCAGUGCAAUGUGGGAGAAACUGGAGCACCUGGAGGGAACCCCAUACAGUCGCAGGGAGAAACUCCUUACAGUGUUGGGAUUGUUCCCACCCGCUCAAUUCAGCCCAUUCGAGUCUGGACCCUCAUUCAGUGCCAUUGCCUGUCUUUCUCUCUGGAACCCUGCUCUUUCAUUUUUCCCCACAACUGUACCAGAUGGCACAGCAGGAAGAACCACUGCCUCACAGUCCCAGGUUUGAUCCUGAGCUCCAGCUGUUUGUGUGUGGAGUGAGUCUGCCGUUCUUCCUAUGACUGUGUGGGUUCCCCCCCCCUGGCUGCUCCAAUUUCCUUGCACACGGGGGGGUGGGGUGGGUUAAUUGGUUGCUGUAAACAGCCCCCGAUUGUGUGGGUGAGGAGGGGUGAAUGGGUGAGAUUUGGAUUUAGUCAAAACGGUGGCUCAGGAAAAGCUCAUCAGAGUACGGAGAGACUUAUUUAGUGUGAAACAGGCCCUUACAGCCCACCGAUUUAAGCUCUACUUUAAUCACGGGACAAUUUACAAUGACCAAUUAAUCUAACAACUGGUACAUCUUUUGGACUGUGGGAGGAAACCAGAUACCUGGAGGAGACCCACGUGCACGGGAAGAAGGUACAGAAUUUCUUAGAGAGGGUGUCAGAAUUGAACUCUAAACUUCAACGCCCGAGCUGUAACAGUGUUGUGCUAACCACUACACCACCGUGGUGCCCUGCCUGGCAGGGGCAGAUAGAAUUCAGGAGCUGUGGUCACAGGCCCAUGAAAGCAGAGAGUGCUGACAGAUCUGCAGGUCCAAAAGGAUUUAAUCAACAGAACCUCUCCAGAGCCUUUGUGGAAUCUUCUGGCAAGUGAGGCAACUAAAAGCUUCCUGUUUACUAACUCCGCUUGACUUUUGAGUCAGAAAGGAUACAAUUUCAAGACGUUAAGAGUUUGUGGAUUCAAGUACAUUAUCCAAAGUACAAAGUAAAUGUGACAAACAUAUAUGUCACCAUGGAGAACCCUGAGAUUCAUUUUCUUGCAGAUAUACUCAGCAAAUCUAUUUGGAAUCUGUGGGAAUAUGUUAUUGAGAUAGUCAGCUAUGAUGGUCAUAGAGUACUACCUAGAAACAGACCCUUGGGUCCAUCCAUUCCAUGCUGACCACCUAGCCCAUUCGCAAUUGCUCCACAAUUCUUCUAAAGAUCUUUAAGAUCUUUUAAAUCUUGUUCGUGCAUCUGCCUCACCCUCUUCUUCUGGCGGUGCCUUCCAUUUAUUGGACAACCCUCUGUCUAAAGAAGUUGCCCCUUGGAUCCUUCUCAAAUAUUUCCCAUCUUAAACCUGCUGAUUUUCUGAUUUCCAAUCCCCUUCCAUGGCAUAAGGGAAUAGGAAUGUGGGGAGAAGUGCUGAGAGUGAAAAAUGAGCAGAGGGAAAUGGAAUCAAACUGUAGACUGGCUCAAACCUGCUACUCUGUUGGAAGGGAAGUUGGAAAUGUCCUUCUGGUAUUCCGUUGUCACAUCCAAUCCAUCGAGGCCUUUCAACAUUCAAAGCUCCCUCCCCCACAAUUAUUCUAAAUUCCAGUGAGUAGAGGCCCAGAGCCAUCAAAUGACAAGCCUUUCAAUUCGGAAUUAUUUUAGUGAACCUCUGAACCCUGUCCUAUGUCAGCACAUCCUUUCUUAGAUAAGGGGUCCAGAACCGUUCGCAAUAAUCUGAUCACCUCCCAGCUUCUUCCUUCAUAUACCUCCACACCCACCUUUUACCCGCCAUCUUAUAUCAUCCCCCUCCUCCCACCCCCUGGAUUCUACCUCUUUUUCCAGUCCUGAUGAAGGGCCCCAGCCCACAGAAUUGUAUACUUCUCUCCACAGAAGCUGCCUGAAUUGCUGAGGUCCUCAGGCAUUUUGUGUAGGCUAAGGGAUGUAUGGUAGAAGUACUGAUGGUGCUUGUCUCAGAGAUCAGGUGGGCCCAGUUAAAGUAUCUCCUCCUCUGCGGUUCCUCGCAGGAUGUGGUGACACUUCAAGGGAGAAUGGCAAAUCUACACAAAUAUGUUGGAUGGGUUUUUUUGGACAGAACUGCAACGGUCUGCAGUGGGAGGAUUCUUCUUCAUGUAAUAAAUGUUUGUGUUGUAUCUCUUGUGAGCAAAUGAGCAAGAUAUUUGUACCAUAAACACUAUUUCAUCCAAACCGGGCAGAUUACUGUACUUUCUUCAUUGUACCUAUUAAAAGGUGUUGAUAGUG